GUUGUAAUAGCACAUAAGACACGGAACAUAGUAAUCGUCGGGAAGGCCACACGCAACGAAACGGUCACGUUCAUCUGGAAUGCCGUUCUCUGUUAACGUCAAGUCGAGAUUCAACGACUUUCCUUCGUAUUUCCAAGUGUAAACUCUCCCGUUUGCGUUGUAAAUGAGAGCACGCGUCUGUAUACGUCUAACGGUGUCUUCUUCGCAAACCUAUAUUUCGGAUUCUCGUUAACGUAUCGAUCUUCGGCUCCGCUUCGUUCUAGCGAGAAUAAGGUUCUUUACCAUCAUCACGAUUUCCGUUCCGGUGAGCACGUUCAAAAGCCUGCAUGGUCGUGGAUUUUUGGUUAAAUACCCCUUUCUGUACUUCUCGUCGAACCACCAAGGACAUUUAUCGAGUGGCCGCCAAGAAGACGAAGGCACCACGUGAGGAAUUACAUCCGGUAUUGGCCCGUGAGGACAGUAGGGUACCAGAACUCCGAAUCGAUCAAAUUGGUCCGACAUCAUAUGUUCCUGGUAACUUUUGCGUCAUAAUGUUGGACGCAUUUAUUAUUUCCAACAUGAAGGUAGUCACUUUAUUGUGGCUAUUGCAGGCGAUUGAAUGGCUGCCUCGUCCAAAGAGUGCACAUUCUGUUUUGCUGUAAUUAAUUUUACGUUACUUGGUGAUUUACACGUGAAAUAUUCUCUGCCUCGUAUUAUUUGGGUUGGUGAAAUCAUAGCAAUAGCAAUAGCAAUAUACGAAAUUUUGAAAUGGAAAAAAGCGCGUACGGAUCAUUGUGUCGCGCAGAGAGAAAUAAUGGGGCAGAUGAAGGAACAAUGGAUAUGGUGUGCAAUGAUGAAAAAGUGGCCAUUUUGGAUGCAGGGGCACAAUAUGGUAAAGUGAUAGAUCGAAAAAUUCGUGAACUGAAUGUUCACAGUGAAAUUCUACCCCUUGACACACCUGCAUUUACUCUGCAAGAAAAAGGCUAUAAAGCUAUCAUAAUUUCUGGAGGGCCAAAUUCAGUUUACGCGGAAGAUGCACCCGGAUACGAUGCAGAUAUCUUUAGAAUAGGAAUCCCAGUAUUAGGUAUCUGUUAUGGUAUGCAAAUGAUGAAUAAAGAAUUUGGUGGAACGGUAAUACAAAAGGAUGGUCGGGAAGAUGGUCAGUUUUCAGUUGAAGUAGACUCCAAGUGCCUGCUGUUUAAGGGCUUGGAGAGAUUACAAAUAGUACUGUUAACACAUGGUGAUAGUAUAGAUAGGGUGGCUGAAGGUUUUCGUGUUAUUGCCAAAUCAUCAAACUAUAUAACAGGAAUAGCAAGUGACAAAAUGAAUCUAUAUGGGGUUCAGUUUCACCCAGAAGUAGAUCUUACACCUAAUGGCAAAACGAUGUUGCACAAUUUUUUGUUCUUCAUUGCUGGCCUCUCUGGCAACUAUACGCUUCAUAGUAGAGAAGCACAAUGUCUUCAGUAUAUUAAAGACACUGUUGGUAACAAGAAAGUUUUGUUGUUAGUGAGCGGCGGUGUGGAUUCAACGGUAUGCGCAGCACUGUUACAUAAAGCUUUAAACAAGGAACAAGUUAUAGCCGUGCAUAUCAAUAAUGGCUUCAUGCGAAAGGGAGAGACGCAAUUCGUCGAGAAAAGUUUGGCACAGUUGGGAAUUCGAUUAAAAGUAGUUAACGCAGCAUAUUACUUCAUGCAAGGAACUACAUCCGUUCCCGUGGACAACGUCGCUCCGACAGCGAAUGCCAAUGCCAACGCUAUAAACAAUAAAGGAAUAUGUGGAACGGGAACUACUCCGAGAACUAGAUUAACUAAGAUGCUUUGCGCAACGAUCAAUCCAGAAGAGAAACGGAAAAUUAUAGGGGACGUCUUUGUAAAGGUAGCAAACGAGAUAAUGUCAGAAAUGGGUUUAAAGGCGGAGGAAGUGUUUCUUGGACAAGGCACCCUUAGGCCUGACCUCAUAGAAAGUGCAAGCGCAUUAGUCAGUGGUAAAGCAGACACGAUAAAAACACAUCACAAUGAUAGUGAACUGGUAAGGGCGUUAAGAGCGCAAGGGCACGUAGUGGAGCCUUUGAAAGACUUUCACAAAGAUGAAGUAAGACAAUUGGGAUGCGAGCUCGGACUGCCGCCAUCGCUUGUAGCUCGUCAUCCGUUCCCCGGCCCCGGACUUGCUGUACGUAUUCUUUGCGCGGAUGAACCUUACAUGGACAAAGAUUUCUCAGAGACCCAGGUCAUAGUCAAAAUAAUGGCGGAAUACGAGCAAAUGCUUCAAAAGAAACAUGGACUGCUAAAUCGCGUCGAAGGUGCGACCAGCGAUGCCGAACGUCAACACUUGCGACAAGUUUCGAGUCGUCGUCACAUCGCUGCAACAUUAUUGCCUAUACGGAGUGUAGGUGUACAGGGAGACCGAAGGAGUUACAGCUACGUAGUAGGUUUAUCUAGCGGAGAAAACACAUCAGACGGAAUUGAGUGGCAGGACUUGCUGUUCCUUGCAAAGCUAAUUCCUCGCGUGUGUCACAACGUGAACCGCGUGUGUUAUAUUUUCGGGUCUCAAUUACAUCAUCCUGUAACAGACAUCACACCGACUCAUCUGACGUCGAACGUGAUAGCCACGCUCCGGGCAGCGGAUCAUGUAGCGAACCAAGUUUUAGCUACUAAUGGGUGUAUGGGCUCGAUCAGUCAAAUGCCAGUAGUUUUAAUUCCUAUACAUUUUGAUCGUGACGCUGCUUCUCGGAUACCUUCAUGUCAACGUUCAGUCGUUCUUAGGCCGUUCUGUACUAAUGACUUUAUGACUGGCACCCCGGCCAUUCCGGGUAAGGAGUUGCCGGUCCAUGUGGUGAAAAAAAUGGUGAUCGAAAUAUCUACAAUACCCGGUAUCUCGCGUGUUUUGUACGACUUAACAUCUAAACCGCCGGGAACUACCGAAUGGGAGUAGUAAACGCUCAUCCCUAACUCAACCCUUUCUAUUUUUUCACCAUCCCUGCGCGUAACGACUACAAAGUAAAAAGUAUAUUUAAAAAUAUAUAUAUAUAUAUUACAAAAAUACGUACGAAUUCGAGGUUUAUGACUUCUUACCGAUUUAUAUAAAACCUUUGAGCAAAAUUUUUUCGAAAAACAUAUGUUCUCAAUUGUAAAUUAAUAUGUUAUCUAAAGAAAAACAAAAAAAAAGAGAGAAUACUGAUACUGUGUUCAAUGAAAUUGAAGGUAAGUAUCAUAUUUGCUUGUAAAUAGGUUUCUUAUUAACCUCAUUGUAAAAAUAUUAAUUUAUUCAAUUCCGAGAAAUUUACAUUAUAUCAUUGUUACACUGCAAAUGAUUGCAUUUGAUCGGUGGUACCAUUAGAUUGCUGUUAUAUUCGAUCUGCAUAUAAUGUUGAACGUAUUUUACUGUUUUCCUGUAUGUCCUAUGCCAAAUGCAAUUUCCGGUUUUUGUCAUACAUCUAAAAAUAUGAACAUAAAUAAGUUAAUGUACGACGUCUUUAAUACCAUUUUUAUUUAUCGAA